CAGCCUGUUUGGACUUCACGUUGCUUGUUUCAAUUGAAUUUCACUUGAAAAAUAAUCUUUCUGCGCUGAGAGCGUCUUCUCCACCAGGCCGACACUGAUGUCUGCUCCCCCCGCAGAGGAUCUGGUCAAACAAUGGGAAAGUGAGCAGGCCCGUCUGAGACAGCAGGUGGUGGAGGAGGACACUGAGGACUGGCAGAUAAGUCCAGACUUCUCAGGCCUGGAGAGAGUUGGUGGAGUGGACCUCUCCUUCAUCAAAGGGGACGACAUCAAUGCCUGCGCCCAGCUUGUGGUACUCAGCUACCCCGACCUCGAGGUGCUGUAUGAGGACAGUCAGAUGGUGACCCUGACAGCCCCUUACAUUGCUGGCUUCUUGGCCUUCAGAGAAACACCUUUCCUCCUGGAGGCUCUGCAGCGGCUUCAGAGGAACCAGCCCACACUUCUCCCUCAGGUGGUGUUUGUAGAUGGGAACGGUCUCUUCCACUACAGAGAGUUCGGCCUGGCGUGUCAUCUGGGAGUGCUGUCAGGGCUGCCGUGUGUGGGUGUGGCCAAGAACCUGCUGCAGGUGCAGGGGGUGUACAAGAGUGAGGAGCACCAGUCACAGCUGCUCUGCAGAAAGGAGGAGACAGCUUCCCACUCACAGCCGCCUCAGGCAAAGUGCUCGGAAAGGCGCUGCGGAGCUCUGACAGGAGCUCUAAGCCGGUGUACGUCUCCGUGGGCCACAAGAUCAGUCUGGACACAGCUGUGCGCCUCACACACUCCUGCUGUCGCUACCGAGUUCCCGAGCCCAUCAGACAGGCCGACUGUCGCUCCAGAGAAUACCUUCGCAUACACUUCCCAGCUGCAGAUACAGGAAUCAAAGAAUGAGGUUGCAAAUGAUGCCAGAAAGGAUCUGAAGACCCUCAAACACCAGCAACUACAGGAGACUCCUGUGUGUGUGUGUGUGUGUGUGUGUGUGUGUGUGUGUGAGUGUGAGUGAGAGAGAAAAAGUGCAGUAACUUUCAUGUGCUUUUAAAAGCACAGCUGUUUUAGUCUGGGCCAAGAAGACACCAUCAGACUGACUGUAUCUUUUUUAUGCACUCGCCCCAUAUUUAAACUGGAUAUGGGUCAGACUGGCUCUUUUUAUAUGCUGUUCUCAUUACAUUUUGGGUCACUCAGCUCUUUACACUGGGAGCUUUGUAAAUAAAUCAUAAAUG